AUGUUAUUGGAUUGGGGCAGGUUGGAGGAUGCAGGCUAUGCUGUUGGUGCUAGGGUGUUGGAACUUCUUUUCCAUCAGGAAAAGGUUUGGAACUCAUUUAAUCCCCACAGUCAUCAGCUAAAGUUGUACGAUUUUGGGAGUGCAAAGAUGUUGGUGCCUAGUGAACCCAACAUAACAUAUAUUUGCUCACGGUAUUAUAGGGCUCCAGAAUUGAUAUUUGAGGCUACAGAGUACACAACUACAAUUGAUAUGUGGUCUGUUGGUUGUGUUUUGGCCGAGCUACUUUUAGGCCAACCUCUGUUUCCUGGAGAAAGUGGGGUUGAUCAGCUGGUAGAAAUAACUAAGAUAUUGGGGACACCAACCAGAGAGGAAAUUAGAUACAUGAAUCCAAAUUACACGGAGUUCGAAUUUCCUCAGAUCAAAGCACACCCAUGGCACAAGGUUUUUAACAAGCGAAUGCCAGCCGAAACUGUGGAUCUUGUGUCGAGGUUGCUCCAAUAUUCACCAAAUCUACGUUGCACUGCUUUGGAGGCAUGUGCACAUCCUUUCUUUGAUGAUUUGAGGGAACCAACCACAAGCUUACCAAAUGGUAGACCGCUCCCUUCUCUCUUCAAUUUCACGCCUCAAGGGGGGUUUGAUGGUUCUCUUGUUGAUCGUGGCGAAAUUUCUUACAGAGCUGGCUGGACAUUGCCUGGAUUGCGUCAACGUCUUAUUCCUGAGCAUGUGAGGAAAUGA